UUCGGAAGGUGGUUAGGUUUGAAUCACUUCCAACCCAUUGUUUUCGUUCUUUGUUGAGUGGCUACUUGCGGGUUCCUCCAGAAUCAAUCUAUAUCCUACUUUGGGUACUUACCCUCCCUAGCAACACAUUAUAAAAACCUUCAAUGGACCCAUUCCUUGUGUUGGCUCCUGCCUCCAUUGUGCACAUCUACCUCUACCCUAUACUCAGAUAAUCUCACAUCCCCAUCUACCAACAAGUCACGCGUCAUAAUGGAAGCAUCAGAAGAAGCCUACAAGGAGCUAGUCGAGUUUAACGAGGUGACAUUCACAGCCAAUGAGACAGUGAAUCGGAUCGUUCGGAUUCUCGUGUUCAACUACCUGAUUGAGCAAGAAGAUGGUUUCUACUAUCCCUCAUUGACCGAUGACACCGGAGGACUUAGAGAGUCUGACAUCCAACGCGAUAACCGGUCCGGCAUCGUGCAAAGCGUUAUGUAUGCUUUGGGAAUCAUUGCUCGUGUUUCGGACCCUAAGGUCUUGGGGAUUGGCUGGAUAAAUACCAGCGAUCAGCUACUCCUAAGGGAAGCCCUGGAAGCCAUGUCCAGGCCCGAGGACCUCGUGGAUAUUGGUGCAUUCAAGUUGUACCUAGAGCAAGAAUGGUGCGUGGCUAUCGUCAGUAAGAUUGAACAUUGUGGCCAAAACGGGGUCAGGCAGGAGGGCUGUGAUAAUGAGGAGGAUAAGAAAGAGAAGAUAAAUUGGGGCAAACAUUUUUUGGGUGAGCUCUAUCCACUAGAGCUAACGCAUCUGCAAGAUGUUUCGGAAAAGUUCCUCCCAACGGAUAGCAAGGGCGUUUGGGGAGCGAUGUAUCAGCCUGCUUCGUGAGUUUAUAACAUUAGGGAAAUUGGGCCUUGUUCGGGCCCAUUAGGUUUCUCGUGUUUGGUAG